CCACCGAAAAUACGUUCCGUAUCUGUUGCUGCGUUAAUGCUGCUAUCUCUGAGCAACGCCAUGCGCAGAGAUCUUGUUGAACUCAGGGCUCUGUGUCUGUGGUUGCAUCACCGCUGAUUUUUUAACUGAGCAAUGCAAUACAGUUCAUUAACACGUACCGUAAAUGAAGCUGGAGUAGAGACUGGUCUCUCUUCCUCUUAAAAUGCCUGUCAAAGGAGGCAAAUGUUCAGCAGCCUGAUGGGCUGCUCCCCCCCCCCCAAAAGCUCUUCUGCUUUGACAAUGGCAAAGAAAUGAAAGCAACUUGAAAUCUCUCUUCCUUGUCCAUUUAUUUAUGGAAACAAAAUUCUGGUUUUGUUAAAAUGGGGGGGGGGAGGGGAGGAGGAUAUACUUUGUUUCAUUAGGAAAGGUUGCUGAGAGAAAGCAUACCGGAUUUUAAAAGGUAAACCGAUGACAGUCGCUGUGGUGUUUUGUUCCAACAGGCAAUUUCACCGAAGUGACUUUCUUUGGAAACAAUUCAAUCUUUUGCUGGAAUAGGCUCGGAAAUUGGUAAAAAAAUUGAAUGCAGCAAAGUUGGGGUGGGAGAGUGGGGGAAUGCAAGGGGUGUGUUUGUCCUAUAUAUGGUAAAGGAAAUAAAAACAAAGAAAGCUGAGCUUUUAUUUGUUAAUUAAGCUGUCAAGCCUUUGAAUUCACAAACGCGUUUCAUUAUUGUCUUGGCAAAUUAUUUAUGAUUUGUUAUUUCUCUUUGUCCUUCCUCAACCGACGGUUCCAGGUUUGAAGAAUCUUGCUCAUGCCUUUUGAAUUAUUUCCUUGGCAUGAUUCUGUAACAUACAUAUUUUUUAAAUCUGCAGGCUUCACUAUGUAUACGGGUCUUCUGCAACCUUUGUACCCAGGUUGAGGUCACAGUUCCCUCCAAGGGAUUAUCACCAGAUCUCCUCUCGCUGAUUUUCUUUUCAGUACCAUUCUUGUCAUUGGGCUUCUGCACACACUGAGUCUUGUAUUGGUCCAUUUUUUUAAAAUUACUGCUCUUUCUUAGGAACUUUUUGUGGGGAGAAUUGAGGAGUCUUGCAACAUUUUCAUUAAAAUAAAUUAAUGUACCAUUAAUAAGAUUGCAACCAGAACCUGGAUCCACCCCCUCCCCCACUCCUCCUGUGCUUCUUUCCCACCUUGUGCCUUCAUUUGCAAUAAAAUUAAAGAACUCGGGGGAGAGCUUAGCUAAGUGGAUAAUUCGUAACAGCUGCCGCUUUUCCAAGGUGACAUUUCUACAGCUGUCAAGGAAAGCAGAGAGAGAGAGAGAGAGAGAAAACUUUGGGUGCAAUCUGUAAUGCGCUGCUCCUAGGCAUUGAAAUAACUAUGACCUGCCUGGGACCUGUUCUUAGUGGAUUAUAUGGUCCAAACUGGAAAGUGUUCAGGGGGAAAUAUGGAGGUAGUUUGUAAUGAGCUCUAUGAAAACCAGUAACCUUGUGCUGUGGGAAUGUAUUGGCAGUCCAAAACUUGGUGUGAAGGUUCACAUCUCAGUGGCAACAAUCUCAAAUGAAUUUUGUGAAUGUCUGAAAGCAGACCUAUUUUCCUAUUCCACAACCCCCCCCCCCCCCGGUUAUCACUAGUGAAUGCUGACAAGCUCAUCCGGGUGACUGGCAUCAUUUCCUGGUGUGUCUCCGGGUUCUUUGAAUAGUCACGAGGUCUGUGGAGAGUUCACCAAAUUGUAAAAAUUCACAUAAUGCAGAGAUGAAACCCUGUACUGAAAAUGGUUGCGUUUCACAGUUCAUGAUGUGGUUUCCAUUAACUUUAAUGGAAUUAAAGGUCAUCAAAGCACACAAUGCAGCAACCUAGCUGAAGCUAAUGCAGUUCUGGAUCUGGCCAAUGCCUGGAUGGGACACCACCUAGGAGCUUUGUGCAGGAGCUUGCUAGAAGAAAGGUGCAAGAGAAAUAUUAGAGUAAGAGCUUCUGUGGUUUAGGGUGAGUGCAUAAGUCGUAGUCUGCAUUUGCAUGUGAUGCUAAGCCAUAGAUGAGCCGCAGCAGAGGUGGUUUUAGGGUGGUGCAACCAGGGCAGCCAUACUGUAGGGGGCGCCACAACAACGUUGUAGGACAGAACUCGAGAGGUGGUGUGUGUGUGUGUGUGUGCCAAAUUGUAGUGUCUCACAGGGCGCCACCAAAAUUUGAGAGCCCCAAGUCUGCCACUGACCACAGUGAACCUUUGGCUCACAUUCCUCCUCCUCUUGAGGAGCUUUCACUUGAACCACAGUUGAACGUUAUGUCCGUCAUGGUUGAUCUUACAGUUUGCUGAAACAAGCCAGCCGUUUUAAACUUUGGCUUGAAGUUGGCUUGUUUCAGUGAGCCAUUCUUAUCUGGGUUUGCAUGUCACAGCAAACUGUAGUUAAUCUGUGGGAGAGACCUUCUGAACUCCCUCUCUGGAGGCCCAGUGGAGUGGCCAAGGGCAGGGAAGGCAUACAAACCUAUGGCUCGCUGUUACAGAUCCUCAUAAUACUAAACUGGCUUACUGUGCUACACCAGGAAUGUGCUGGUGCUCAGAGAGGAGUUGGUAGCCUCCCCGGUCUGUACUUCUGCCGUGCUUUGAUUAUAUCGUAAGCCAAAUCUUGAUGGUGGUGUGAGAGGGAAAAAGACCAGAUAGCAGACGUAGUGGCUCCAUGGAAUCGUGGCAACCCCUUAUUUGGCUUACUGUAAUGUGCAACCAAGGCCUAAGUGUAAAUGAGGCCAUAGCUUAUUUUCUGACUCUGUACUAACUUGAUUUCAACAUUUUUAGACUCGCUGUGGUUUAGCUGUCCCCCAGAUGUAAGAAACUUUGCUUGCACAACUCUCAGGUUUUGCGCGAGGACGGAAGUCACUCGAGCACAUAAUUUCUGUUUCAGUCCUGUUUCAUCACCUGUCUAAAACUUGAAAUGUAUGCUGGGCUGUUUCGUUGUCCGGACCACAUGCGUUGGUUGUCGUGUGUGUGUGUGUGUGUGUGUGUGUGUGUGUGUGUGUGUGUGUAUGCAAUUGGAACUGUUUGUUAUGGGGCUGAAAAUGUUUGUUAUGGGAUUGGAGCUGUUUGUUAUGUGGCAAACACAGGUUUCCCAACUUUGGGUUUGCCUUGUGAUGCCAAUGCAGGGCAGGGAAAUUUUUCUGGAGAGGAUUAGCAGGUGGGAAGGAGUUCUUGUGCUUCCACCCUACCAGUUCUCCUCUGCAAGUUCCCCCUUGGGUCAGUUUACUCUUUUUGCCUCCCUGCCUGUCUGUGUGCUUCUUCUGCACAGCUUCCUGAUCUGGGUGUGCUUUUUGACUGGAAAAAGAGACAAGGCUUGAGCAGUGAUACCAGAAGCCACCUCUGGGACAGAUAUUGACGGACUCCCAGUCAGAUGCUUCGCUACGGACUCCUUAUCUCCUUUCGCCUGGUGGUAGAAUACAAGCUAGUCACCGUGGGAGGCUGGGAAUUGCUCCAGGAAUUAGAUUUGAGACCGGACUGCCGAACAACGUGAUAAUCUCACUGCUUUCGCCAAUUGGACCGCGAUGGAGACUCUGUCCCAGGACAUUUUGCUGGAAUGUCAGAUUUGUUUCAAUUACUAUAGCCCCCGGCGGAGGCCCAAGUUGCUGGACUGCAAGCAUACCUGCUGUUCUGUUUGCCUUCAGCAGAUGAGGACCAGCCAGAAAGACUUGCGGUGCCCGUGGUGCCGAGGCAUCACUAAACUGCCCCCGGGCUUUUCUGUCUCCCAGCUGCCCGACGACCCAGAGGUCAUUGCCGUGAUUGCGAUACCCCACACUUCAGAGCACACUCCCGUCUUCAUCAAACUUCCCAGCAACGGCUGCUACAUGUUGCCCUUGCCCAUCUCCAAGGAGAGGUCCCUCUUGCCAGGAGACAUUGGCUGCCGCCUGCUGCCAGGCAGCCAGCAGAAGUCUCUCACUGUGGUGACAAUCCCAGCCGAGCAGCAGCCCUUGCAGUCCGGCGUCCCUCAGGAGGGAGGCGACGAAGAGCAAGACAGGAGGGGCAUUGCGAAAAGCUCCACCUGGUCGGGGGUUUGCACCGUCAUCCUGGUGGCCUGCGUCCUGGUUUUCCUCCUUGGGAUUGUCCUACACAACAUGUCGUGCAUUUCCAAGCGUUUCACUGUGAUUUCCUGCGGCUGAAAGGAGGUGGCUGCAACGGCAAAUACCCAUGCGGGCCAAUUUUGGGGGUUUGGGAGGGUGGUUAUGGUGGUGGCAGGAUGCCGUGAGAUGAAGCGCCAUUAUUUGGACCGCUGUUCCACCAUACUGAGUCAUUGACACCAGGCUGGUUGCUGGUCCAGAGUCUACUUUAAAAGA